AUGGGCAACGGCGCCAAAGCUCAGCAGAAGCGCGAGCGCAACAACGAAAAGGGCGGCAAGACGGCCAAGUCCCAGCUCAAAGUGAACGCCCAGGCCAUGGACAUCCAGUGCCAGAUCUGCAAGUCGACAUUCCUCAAGACUACCAAGGCUCCUGCGCUCACCGAGCACGCCCAGAACAAGCACAACAAGGGCUUGGCCGAUUGCUUCCCGACCUUUGCCGCUUCUUCAUGA